CGCGAGUAUCUUGUUUUUUUAACUACUCUGGAGAGUGUUUUUUAGAGCGAUAGUUUGGUUAUAUAUAAAGGUUUGGUUCAGGCGCCGUCACAUCGCUCUAAUCUCUGGACUCCGCCUCUCAGUCGCCACCACGCGCAGCGACCACGGAGGAAUGUGGACUCUUCUUCUUUGAAAAUCACCGGAGAGCUGAUCGAUCGCCGGGCAAACAGCAGGAAAGCCGAGAUCUCGAUCUUCGACGUAGGGCCUCCGUCGGACAAGUGAUUCCUUACUUAGGGUUUCAUGGCUUCGGAGGAUGUUAAACCUAGUGAAUCUGCGGUGACGACGAUCGUGAACCUUGCUGAAGAGGCGAAGCUCGCGAGAGAAGGAGUCAAGGCUCCGAGUUAUGCGAUUCUCAGUGUUGCAAAGUCUCUGACUGCCGGUGGAGUCGCGGGAGGAGUGUCACGCACUGCUGUUGCUCCAUUGGAACGAUUAAAGAUAUUGCUACAGGUUCAAAAUCCUCAUAACAUAAAAUACAAUGGAACAAUUCAAGGUUUAAAGUACAUAUGGAAAACUGAGGGUUUUCGGGGACUGUUUAAAGGCAAUGGAACUAAUUGUGCUCGUAUUAUCCCAAACUCAGCAGUCAAGUUCUUCAGCUAUGAGCAAGCUUCUAAGGGUAUAUUAUAUCUAUAUCAACAGCAAACUGGCAAUGAUGCUCAGCUUACUCCUCUUUUACGCCUUGGAGCUGGAGCAUGUGCUGGAAUUAUUGCCAUGUCUGCAACUUACCCAAUGGACAUGGUACGGGGCAGGUUGACUGUACAGACAGAAAACUCACCUUAUCAGUACAGAGGAAUGUUUCAUGCUCUAUCAACAGUGCUCCGACAAGAAGGACCACGGGCUUUGUACAAGGGCUGGCUUCCUUCUGUCAUUGGAGUUGUUCCAUAUGUUGGCCUUAACUUUGCUGUUUAUGAAUCAUUAAAAGAUUGGUUAAUCAAAAGUAAAGCAUUUGGACUAGUUCAGGACAAUGAGUUGGGUGUGACAACAAGGCUUGCCUGUGGGGCAGCUGCUGGAACUAUUGGCCAAACUGUUGCUUAUCCUCUUGAUGUCAUUCGCCGAAGGAUGCAGAUGAUAGGUUGGAAAGAUGCUGCUUCUAUUGUCACUGGUGAAGGAAGGAGCAAGGCCCCUAUCGAAUAUACUGGCAUGGUUGAUGCCUUCAGGAAAACUGUUCGGCACGAGGGCAUUGGAGCAUUGUACAAGGGUUUGGUCCCUAAUUCAGUGAAGGUAGUUCCAUCCAUAGCACUUGCAUUUGUGACGUACGAGAUGGUGAAAGACAUUCUAGGAGUUGAGAUCAGGAUAUCAGACUGAAGUGUGGAGAACUCCACCGUAUUUAUUGAACUAGUGUGCUAUUUUUGUAGGCAAAGGGAAAGAGAGAAGGUAAAUUAGGGUGAUGUCUUCCUUUUUGUCACAGGAUGAGAACAUUUAGAAACCUGUCGGGGCCUCUAUGUUUAUAUGCUGCUUUCGCUUGUUUUCCUGUAUUUCCCCAUGAACAUGCUUUUAGCUCUUAGAUUCUCAUUCAUAUGCAGCAUCAAUAAGCAUUUGCAAGGAACAAUUCAAGAAAUGCAUUUUCAUGCCUUUCUAUUAAAGUCAAGGAAAUGCUUCUACUAUCCUAUUUGUAGUGACCGUUUAUGGAGUAGAGUUUAUCUCUGUAUUUAACAAGUUAAAUGUCUUCACUA